CUCCCUUAGUAUGACGAUGGCGGUUUCGCUGUCAGGCACGUUUCUCAAGUUUAGUGCUGGCUUACUUUUGAAGAAGAAAUCAUGCCUGUGCAUGCGACAUGUGAGGCAUCGGAUGAAGUGGAGACCGAGUGGAAAAGCUCUCGACCUAACAAAAACAUUGGAAGAAAAAUUAAAUGACAUGCAGACAGCUGAUCCCGAGCUGGAUAAAGAAAUCAACAUUGGUUUCCCCCUGCAGCAGGACUCUGUGUCUGAGAGGAUGAGACAGCGGGCGUGGCAGACGACUCGAGGCUCCAAGGAGGUGGAGGCGAGAGAAAGACGGUUGAAGGUUGUGCUGGACGAUGUCAAGGAGGCGUGGUUACACGAGUACGGGCCUCGACACAUACGAUCAAUAGUCGGCCACUACGGUAUCUACCGAGACCUCUUUGAAGGAGCUUACUUCUACCCCACGGUGCACCUCAACAUCAGCUACGAUUACGAUGAUGAGUUUAUGACGCCGGUUUACACCGGUAACAAGAUCCCGCCUGCAGAGACUGGCCUAGCACCAAAUGUACAGUACGAGAGUGACCCAGAAACACUGUGGACACUGGUCAUGUCCAGUCCAGAUGGUCAUCUGGCAGAUAGCCAAUCAGAAUGCUUGCACUGGAUGGUAGGCAACAUACCAGGCAGCAGUGUUGAUAAAGGGGAGACAAUCUGCGACUACAUUCAACCAUUUCCUCCAAGAGGUGUCGGCUUCAUGAGAUACGUGUUUAUUUUGUACAAACAGGACAAAAAGAUUGACUUCAGUAAAGAGAAAAGACCACAAAAAUGCCUUUCACUGAAGGACAGAAAAUUUAAAACGUUUGACUUCUACAGCGAUCGCCAAGACGUUCUGACCCCAGCCAGCCUGGCGUUCUUCCAGAGUGAAUGGGACAUGUCUGUUCAGCAGUUGUUCCGUCAUGUUUUAGAUAUGCCUGAGCCUGUGUUUGAGUUUAUUUAUCCACCUCCAUAUCACCCCGUUCAGAAGAGAUAUCCCAUUCGGCAGCCAUUUAAUUUGUAUCUAGACCGUUACAAAGAUGUUAAAGAAAUUCAGGAGGAGGUUCUGAAGGAGAAACUCAAACGAAUCUCACCAUUUGCGCCUCAUCCCCCCAGCCCAAAAUACCCUGGACUGAAACCCCUCCCCCUAAAUAUGCCGAGCUGGCUGAAAACGAAGGUGAGGAACAUGCGGUUCAGAAGACAUCAGUGGAAGGAUUUGCCAGGGGAAAGGCAGUGAACUGUAUGGAAUUCUGGGAGUUUCUGUUUAUCAGUACAGAAGACUGUAUAUCUGUGUUGAUGACAUAUUCUGAAGGAAUUUAAUUUGUGUGAAAAAAUGUGAAAGAAAUUAAAAACUACAUUAAUUAAAA